UAUGAACUGCAAAUCUUGUAUCAUAAACCUCUUGUUCAUAGUAGUGUUUUGAUUGAUUGGGGCUGCAAUAUUGGUCUUUGCAGUUGCUGUCAUUUUUCAGGAAAGAGCUGCUUUCCAGAAUUUGGGGAAAAGCAGAACAAUGGGGCAUAUUUACCAUCAUCAGCUAGAGAAAGUGAUGCCUGAAUACUGGAGUCCUGACCAAUUAGGAAUGACUUACAAAAAUCUUACGGUUCUCAGUCCAGAUGACAGAGGAGAAGAUUCCAGGAUCAGAAAGUUACACGGCUGGUUUGUGUAUCAUGAAGGCAUUUCUGACAAAAUCCCUACAAUUGUGUACUUCCACGAAAACGAUUAUUAUCCUCCAGCUAGAUUAUAUACCAUCCAACAAUACUGGGAUUCUCAAGACAAAUAUAAUGUUAUCAUGGUUGAUUACAAGGGCUAUGGACUUUCUGAAGGAUUUACUUCAGAAGAAGGAGUUCUUAUAGACUCAGAAGCUAUCUUUGAGCAUGUUUUAUCUAUGGAAGAGAUAGAUCAGGAUCAAAUCUAUCUUCUUGGAUGCUCGAUGGGAGGAUUUCCUUCUAUCAAUGUUGCCACUAAAUAUCAGGAGAAGAUCAAAGGUUUUAUUCUGCAGAAUACUUUGGUCAAUGUUGAGCAUCUUGUGAGUACCAAAUAUCCUCCUAUUAGUCCAAUUUUACCAUAUAUUCUACGUAUUAACUUAGAAAAUGGGUCUAAGAUGAAGAACUUAACUUUACCAAUGAUGUUUAUCGUCUCAGUUGAUGAUGGAAACACUCCCUCUGAAGGAAUGUAUAAAUUAUAUCAUGAAGCCAAUAAUGUGGUGUAUAAGAAGCUCUAUGAUGUUGAUACUAGGGAUCAUUUCUUCCCAUAUUUCGUGAACCCUGAAGAAUAUUCUAAGAAAGUAUCCCAUUUUAUUCAAAACUGUUCUUCAGAGAAGAUACAGAAGUAUCAUAAAGAGGUUUAUCAAGAGCUUCAUCAGGAGCAAUCUCAGACCUCAACUAAGUCUACCUCAUCGGCUUCAGAUACUGCUUCAAAAGAUGAGAAUGAAGCCAAAGAAGAUCUUUAGAUACACUCAGAUAUGAUUAAUCAAGUAUUGAUAAAAAUUCUUCCAGGAAC